GGAGUAGCAGUGAGUUUCAGUCUCAGGGACAGCCUGAGAGAGAGAGAUAUUAUUCAAUAACGUUGUCGUUUAAGCACAUCUUCUGGAAAUUCAAGGCGUGUUGUGCAGAGGAAGAGAGAGGAAGAGAGAUGGCUAUAACAGGUGCGACUUCUGGGCAGCAGCCACAGUUCAUUGCUAGCACUGGAAACCGGAGUUUUUCAAAUGCGCCACUGAUUGAGAACUCGGAUGCCGAGCAGAUUGUUGUUCCUGAUACGAGAAGUUGGAAAAACUUGUUUGCAUACAUGGGUCCUGGGUUUCUUGUUUCUAUUGCAUAUAUUGAUCCUGGGAAUUUUGAAACGGAUCUUCAGGCAGGAGCAAAAUUCAAGUAUGAGCUACUUUGGAUCAUAUUGGUGGCUUCUUGUGCUGCUCUUAUUAUUCAAUCCCUAGCAGCCAAUCUUGGGGUUGUCACAGGAAAGCAUUUAGCGGAGCACUGUAGAGCUGAAUAUGCUAGGGUGCCAAACUUCAUCCUCUGGGUUCUUGCUGAAAUUGCUAUUGUUGCGUGUGACAUUCCUGAAGUGAUUGGUACAGCCUUCGCAUUGAAUAUGCUCUUCAGCAUUCCCAUAUGGUGUGGUGUUCUUCUGACAGGGCUUAGUACAUUGAUUCUUCUAGCGUUACAGCAAUAUGGGGUCAGGAAACUUGAAUUCUUGAUUGCAUUUCUUGUAAUGACGAUAGCUGCAUGUUUUUUUGCUGAGCUUGGCUAUGCAAAGCCUGCUGCUACUGAAGUCUUAAAUGGUCUUUUUGUUCCCCAACUCAAAGGAAAUGGUGCUACAGGCCUUGCAAUUUCACUCCUCGGUGCGAUGGUUAUGCCGCACAAUCUCUUCCUUCAUUCAGCAUUGGUGCUUUCGAGGAAGAUACCACGAUCUGUUCGCGGCAUCAAAGAGGCUUGCAGAUUCUAUCUAAUAGAGAGUGCCUUUGCGCUAAUGGUGGCUUUCCUCAUUAAUGUAUCCAUUAUUUCCGUCAGUGGCUCAGUUUGUAAUUCCUCAAAUUUGAAUGCGGAAGAUCAGAAGAACUGCGAGGACUUGGACUUGAACAAAGCCUCAUUUUUACUAAGGAAUGUCUUAGGUAGUUGGAGCUCAAAACUUUUUGCAAUUGCUUUGCUCGCAUCAGGUCAGAGUUCUACUAUAACAGGAACAUAUGCAGGGCAAUAUGUUAUGCAGGGAUUUCUCGAUUUACGACUGGAGCCAUGGCUUCGAAACCUGUUAACUCGUUCCUUGGCUAUAGUCCCUAGUUUAAUUGUUGCUUUAAUUGGUGGUUCUAGUGGGGCUGGACAGCUAAUUAUCAUUGCAUCAAUGAUUUUAUCAUUUGAGCUCCCUUUUGCUCUCAUCCCGCUUCUCAAGUUCACCAGCAGUAAGACCAAGAUGGGGACGUAUGCAAACUCUAAAACGAUUUCAGCUGUCACUUGGUUCGUUGGUUCCAUGAUCAUGGCCAUAAAUAUAUACUAUCUCGUGACCGGGUUCAUCAAGUUGCUUCUUCAUAGCCACUUCAAACUUGUGGUUGCUGUGUUUCUUGGAAUAUUUGGAUUUGCAGGCAUAGGAAUUUAUUUGGCUGGAAUUACAUAUUUGGUUUUCCGCAGCAACAAGAAGUCUACGCCCCUUCUGGCAUUAAUAACUCCUGAAAGUAGACAAGUGGGCAAUGAGGCAGGUAAUGCAUCAAUGUAUUCCCUACAAAGAGAAGAUAUAGUGAGCAUGCAGUUGCCUCAGAGAAGAAAUACAGAAGAUCUUGACUGAUGGUUAGUUGGGUAGGCUAGAUUAACUAGGCUGAAACUCUAGGACUUGUAGUUUUUACUUAAAGGGAUGCACCUCAAUGUUGCUAAUUUCUACUGAUGAAAACUAUGUUGCAAUAAAGGUGACAAUAAAUUUGAAGUUUUUUUUUUUUUUU